CCGGCUGUAGGCGCUGCGAGUCCUCGGACGGGGAGCGCGGCGCGGCGGCCGCUCUCAGGCUGGCCAUGGCGAGCGGUGCACGGGGGCCACCUGAGUGGCACGGCGGCGUCAGCUGCAGUCACACCCCUGGCUGUGUGGUCACAGAAUGGUAGAUUUGGAAGGGACCUAAGAAAGAGAAGGGUCUGUGGCUCCGAGGAUCAGCUAACUGCCAGAGGCCAUUUCCUAGUUCUUAAUCAAGAACCAGCUUUAUGGAUCCAAGUCAGGUUUGUCCCAUGGCCUGCUCUGAACAGCGUGCUGUCUGAUAGAAGAUUCCAUUGGCAAACCAUCUCUGUUGCCUUACAGAGCAAACAAAGAAGAUGGAUCGAUUGAAGAGCCAUCUGCCUGUGUGCUUUCUACCUUCUGUGCCCUUUUUAAUCCUAGUAUCCACUCUAGCGACUGCAAAGAGUAUGACUAACAGCACUUUAAAUGGCACUGACAUGGUCUUGGGCUUUAUGCCCGUAAUCAUUGCCAGAACUGACCAUAUCAUAGUCAAGGAAGGGAACAGUGCCUUGAUUAAUUGUAGUGUUAAUGGCAUCCCUGAUCCACAGUUCAAGUGGUAUAAUUCCGUUGGCAAGCUGCUGAAAGAAGAAGAGGAUGAGAAGGAGAGAGAAGGAGGAAAAUGGCAGAUGCACGAGGGCGGCCUCCUGAACAUCACCAAGGUGUCUUUUUCAGACCGAGGGAAAUACACAUGUGUUGCCUCUAAUGCCUAUGGCAUUGUGAACAACACGGUGACCCUGCGCGUCAUCUUCACCUCGGGAGACAUGGGUGUCUACUACAUGGUGGUCUGCCUCGUGGCCUUCACCAUCGUCAUGGUCCUCAACAUCACCCGCCUGUGUAUGAUGAGCAGCCACCUGAAGAAGACAGAGAAGGCCAUCAACGAGUUCUUUAGGACAGAAGGCGCGGAGAAGCUGCAGAAGGCAUUCGAGAUCGCCAAGCGGAUCCCCAUCAUCACCUCAGCCAAAACUCUAGAGCUUGCCAAAGUCACCCAAUUCAAAACCAUGGAGUUUGCCCGCUACAUUGAAGAGCUGGCCAGGAGCGUGCCUCUGCCUCCUCUCAUUAUGAACUGCAGAACCAUCAUGGAGGAAAUCAUGGAGGUGGUCAGGCUGGAGGAGCAGGGGCAGAAUUUUGUGCAGCACACGCCAGAAGGCCAAGAGGCCAUGGACAGGGAUGAGGUGUACAUGAUCCGAAACUCUCUGAAGCGAAGUGACUCCCCCACCGCUGACUCAGACGCUUCAUCGCUGCAUGAACAGCCUCAGCAGAUUGCCAUCAAGGUGUCCGUACAUCCACAAUCCAAAAAAGAUCAUGUGGAUGACCAAGAGGGUGUACAGUUUGAAGAUGUCAAAGAUGAAGAGGACACAGAACUGUCAGCUGAACAAUCCCCAGAAACUGUAGAGCCUUCUACAGAUGAAACAUCCACAGAGCUAACGCCUGAAGAGCCCACGCCUGUUGAGCCCAUGGAUGUUGAGCCCACGCCUGUCGAGCCCACGCCUGUUGAGGUAUCAGAUAGAGUCCCACCGCCUGCUCACCUGGAAACUACAGAACUGGCAGUGGCACAUGAAAGAAACACCUGCAUUAUUUAUGAAAGCCAUGUCUAAUAUCAACUCUGAAAAGCUAUGCAUAUUAAGAAAAUCAGGGGCUGCUCCCGUAGUCCAGAUGUAGUACGCACUUGCCGCUAAGCCUUACAAGGAGACUCUCAUCCCCUAGGUAGGAGUGAUGCUAUUGUAGAAGGGGAAACACCUGUGUGCAGUCCUUGUGACUGGACCUUCCCCAGGAGAAAAGGAUGCAGGAAACAUCAGGGUGCAGGAUUGAUGCUAUUGUCCAAGGGAUACAAGUUUUAGAGACGAUUCUCUGCCAAAUACCUUCACUGGUGAUGCCCUUUUGGCAAAGAGUACACUACUGUAAGAUAAAUUUUGAGUUCAAGAGCCCUGUCCAUGCACACUGCAUUGCUUUUCUUUCUAAAAAAAUUACAGGUCUCCUACAAAAGUAAAUGCACAUAUAUGGGUUGGUUGCACUUUCUUCUGUCUUUGUUCCUUUCACUGUUCCUUGAUAAUGGAGUAGUUGUUGUUAUAUUAAUACUAAUUGCUCUUUCUGA